UGGAAGCCAGGGCAUAUGAGGAGGGGCCUGCGGCAUGUGCGGGUUUCCCUGCGGCGCGCCGACUGUCUCAUCGAGGUGCAUGACGCUCGCAUCCCGCUGUCGGGCCGUAACCCCAUGCUGCAAGAGGUACUGGGCAUCCGCCCGCACAUCCUGGUGCUGAACAAGAUGGACCUGGCUGAUCCUCGCCGGCAGACGACAGUCUUGGAGCACCUGAAGCAGCAGGGAUGCUUGAACGUUGUCUUCACUGACUGCCAGCACGAUGGCAACGUCAAGAAGAUCAUUCCCCUGGUUGCCAAGCUGGUGGGCAACAGCCCGCGAUACCACAGGGCUGAGAGCACCGAGUACAGCAUCCUGGUGAUCGGUGUGCCCAACAUGGGCAAGUCUUCCCUCAUCAACUCUCUGCGGAGGCUGCACCUCAAAAAGGGCAAAGCCACUGCUGUCGGUGGCGAGCCAGGCAUCACCAAGGCGGUGCUGACCAGAAUCCAGGUGUGCGAGAAGCCCCUCAUGUACCUGGUGGACACGCCUGGCGUGCUGCCCCCAAAGCUGGGGGAUGUGGAGACGGGCAUGAAGCUGGCGCUGUGUGGAGCCAUCCGUGACCACCUGGUGGGGGAGGACAUCAUGGCCGACUACCUCCUGUACGUCCUGAACAAGCAGCAGCAGUUCGGGUACGUGCAGCGCUACGGGCUGGCCGAGGCCUGCGAUGACAUCGAGCCCGUGCUGAGGCGCGUGGCCCUUGCCCGGGGCAGGACGCAGAAGGUGAAGGUGCUGACGGGCACAGGGAACGUCAACGUGAUGAUGCUCAACUACCCGGCUGCCGCAUACGAGUUCCUGCGGGAUUUCCGGGCAGGACGCCUGGGCAGGGUGACGCUGGACUGA